GAUAUCUUAUCUUUAUGGUGCAAAUUGGAAUUGAAGCCUACAAUUUACGCAGUUUAAGUUAAGGACAUUACGUACAUAAAAAAACAAAAAAAAAAACUUUAUGUUGGGAUUUAUGAAAAUUUGCAUAGCUGCUAUCAGCUGGAUAUGUUGGUCGCAUGCAGUGAACAUUUUGGGAAAUAAUGGUAGUGUUGGCUUCCGGCUUAGUGGAGGUACAAGCGGAACAGGUAGACUAGACAUUUUAUUAAACGGUCAAUGGUAUCCGGUUAAAGCAAGUUCUUUUAGAGAGAAUGAAGCAAUUGUUGCAUGUAGAAUGCUUGGAUUAUACAACAGUGGCAUUGCAAGAAUAAUACCAAACCAGUUCGGAAGUGGUGCAGAUAAAGUUUUCAUUAAUAAUUUUAUAUGUGAUGGUAGAGAAUCUUCUCUUGACAAGUGCGAACUUCAUCUAGCAUGGGUUACGACUAAUUGGACUACUAAUAGAUUACAGGCUGACAAGGUUGCACUAACCUGUGAAGCUUCUAAAAUACGCCUGGUCGAUGGAGAUGAUUCACAGUCCGGUAGAGUUGAAAUAUUUAUUUAUAACAACUGGUAUACUGUGUGUGACUCACUUUUCGAUAAUAAAGACGCCUCUGUUAUAUGUCGUAUGCUUGGGUAUACUGGAAGUGGUAUAAGCCGGGCAUUCCCAGGAGGUAACUAUGGCCAAGGACAUGGUGGGGUUAUAGUGAGUGAGCUUGAGUGUGAUGGAUCUGAGAGUGAUAUAAAGCAGUGUCCGUCUAAAUGGGGAACACAAAACAACUUCUGUGACCACAGACGUGACGCUGGAGUCAGCUGUAGUAGUAUGUAUAUAUUUUACAUGUACAAUAAUUCUUAUAUGACUGGAUAA